AAUCUAUGAGGCGGAAGAAAAGAAAAAACGUUCCCAUGGAGGCCGGACUCCCAAGCCCGGAAAAAGUACCAGGAACGUUUUCAGUCGCUCAUCCAUCUAGCGAACCGGCCCCGAAGAGAAAAAGAGAGUAUCUUCGGAGUUUCAAGGAAAGGAAGAACAGGUAUACAGAAAAGACUGAGGAACCGUAUGUAGUUUUAAUCUCCCAACUUACAAGCCCCUAUGUCUCAAAUACCCCAGAAAACAUGGUCAAUAGCAAACCGAAUGACAAAGAAAAUAACUUAAAGGAUUCCCGUCAUCAAAAAGGAAUCGGAGCGAUCCACCCCAUGAUCGUAGGCAAAAAGCUAAAAAACUGGAGUAAAUCCAUAAAAGAGAUAAAAAGAAAAGGCAGAAAUCUCGUCGAGAUUAAAUUACACUCCUACCAAGAAGCUAAUAAACUGAUUGACGCCCAAGAAUCGCUAUUACCCGAUUCCUGGAAAGCUUACAUACCCGAUAGUAAAAUCUCAAGGUUAGGAGUAGCUAGUGAUAUCGACCCUACACUAACAGAAACAGAAAUCUUAGAGGGCAUAGAAUGGCUCAGCCAACCUACACGAAUUCUAAAAAUAGAAAGAAUCAUGAAAGUCUCAAAAGAUAGUAACAAUAGAAUAAACUUGACUCCCACUAACUCAGUAAAAAUUAGUUUUGAGGGGAAUGCACUACCAGAAAAAAUAAUUAUCUACAAAACAAGAGUAACAAUAUCCCCUUUUGAGCAGCAAAUAAGAAGAUGCUCAAACUGUCAACGGUUUGGGCAUUUAUCAAAGCAAUGCCGAGGCUCUCAAAGGUGCACUUUUUGCGGUGGCAAUCACCAUCAAACGGAGUGCAAGAGCACAAAACCAAUCUGUGCCAACUGUGGCGAAUCCCACCCAGCUAACGAUACCAAAUGUAUAACUUACAUAAAAUUAAAAAUCACCAACAAACUUAAAGCGCUACUUAAUAUUGACAGAGAAGAAGCUCUAGAAAUUAUUAAGAAAAACCGCCUAGAUAACUUAUACCGCUUGGAAUCGUGGCUCCAAAAAAGAACAGAAAGUCAGUCCCUUUUGACGAGAAACGAAUGGUUCAUAACACCUCGAAUCACGAAAGAAUUUGCAAGCAAAUCCCUUCUUUGGAAGAAGGGGAAAGAAGCACUGAGUACAAAAAGAAAACUAAAUUUCAUCAAAACAAUUCGUACAUAACACGAAGGGAAAUUCCAAAGAAAAACAAUCACUCAAUCAAACACAAUUCCUAUCAGGACUCUUCUAACAAUAGCAUUGGCAAUUUUUCAGGCGAAGAGAAAGAGGAAACCCUCGACCGCUCGACAAACGAAAAACAAAAAAAGGUCACCGUCCCAGAAAAGCGAGCUCCUGAAGAAUUCUCACCAUGGGAUGUCCUGCCAACUCAUCAACCCGAUGAAACCUUCAAUGUGGCUAACCCAUCUUGUACGUCUAGCCCCAAUGCCUCCCAAAGCAAAAUUACUAACAAUAAAAAACAAUCCAAUUCUAAAGCUCAUACAUCUUCAGAACAAAGUAAUAAUACCACAAAGAUAUCUCAAAAAGCAUUCAAUUGAUUUACAGACUUUGUGUGAAUACCUCUGGCCAAAAUAUUCUAAACCAGACCCGCUAAAAUGUAUUUUAUUUUAAAAAGUAAAUAAUUGUUCCCACAAAAUGGCUCAAAAAAACAUAACAAUUGCCCAAUGG